CAGGAAUGGGAACUUGGUCCCCAUGAGGUUAUAACGCAGCUGCUAUUUUCCACCGCUCAUUCACCUAUAACACUUUGUUUCACGGAUCAUUUUUUGUUUUUGUUGAUUGUUGUUUUGUUUAUUUUUUCCCCCCGAGUAUUUCUUGAUCAGAAUCAGUGAUGAACUGUACAGAAACUGCCUCACUGCAUGAUUUUUUUUAGGGGGGAGUGAUGGCGCCUCUUGCGCGGUUAACGGUGCAAGCUUGUGCGCCACGUUCAUCUGGCUGCACCUCUAUGCAUUGGAAAAGAGGGAUCAGCAUACUCCGAUGGAGGGAUUACUUUCAAGAUGUCACUUUAGGAAAAGUGGGGAUUUUGUGCGUGUGUGUGCUUGUGUGUGUGGAGAAGCAAGAGGAGCUUCAGUGGAGUGGCAGCCAUGCUGGAGAUGAUGGAUUAUCAACAAAGGUCCGAAUUUGUGUGAAUACUUAAGGAGUCACAGAUUCUCAUCUUGGGGAGUAUGCAGGCGAUGACCUCUCAGCCACAGAAGAAACAUGAAGAAACUUAACACCUAUCAAAAGCAAACUUCACCAUAUCUGUUCUUGGAGUUGCAGUUCGCAGGGCUAAAUGUGAAGAGGGGCUCGACAAAACAGCUACAACCCGAGUCGACUGGAAGCAGAAUCUGUCCAGAGGAGAAGAUAAGAAGAUGAGGAAAAAGAAGAAGAUUGCAAAAGAAGAGCAAUGGAUAGCCUGUGCCUGCAAACACGUGGUUCCUGCAGCUAACCAAAAGGAGAGCUUUGCGGAGAGCUGCAUUUGUCAGCUGGGCUCUGAACGUUGCAUGGAGGCUGGUGUGAGGAAUCCUGCGUGUUUUUGUUCCGCGCGCCGGAAUGAGCGCUGAAGGCCUGAAGCCUUCUAGUCUCUGGAAACCUGCCAUGUGACAUUUGGCUGCCAGCUCUGCACCAGAAGGUCAAAGGGGGCUGUGGUGCACAUAAUGCAGAGUAACAUCCGCCACAGUUGCAGCCAUCCUCACGGUUUCUUCAGUGAGUCUGUGGAUGGUGGUUCUGGAUUCGGGGGCUCUCAUCAAGCCUCGGCCCACCAGCAUGGUGGAGAAGGUGGGCUUGAACUUCCUCGGAGGUCCAAAUCGCAAAACCCCAAUAAAUUUACGAUGAGCAAAAAGGUUUUCCCUUGGAUGAAAGAGUCAAGACCCUCCAAUCAGAAUCGCACCAGGGGGAUUGCAGAUUGCACCGACAAGAGCCAGAGCUCAACCCCGGCCUCCAAGCGCACACGCACCGCGUACACGAGCGCGCAACUGGUGGAGCUGGAGAAGGAGUUCCACUUCAGCCGCUAUCUGUGCAGGCCACGGCGGGUGGAGAUGGCCAGCUUGCUCAACCUGAACGAGAGGCAGAUCAAGAUCUGGUUCCAGAACCGAAGGAUGAAGCAGAAGAAAGACCAGAGAGAGCAAGGUCUCACCACAAGCACCAGCUCCUGCUCCCCCCCAUCCUCCCCCUCCGCCGCCGGCAGCCCCACUUUGGCGAGUCUGGGUUAUGUCCAUCUUGGUGUAGAUUACCAGCCGGCCUCCCCUCCUCUCAAACAACAGCGGCAGCCGCAGCAGGCUUACCCGAUAGGGUUCUCCAAAUACACAGCCCCGAGCUUCACGCACGACCCGCAGUUUGAUACAGCGCAAUGCAACACGCAGGAAAACCCGCAAACAGCAGACUCAAACAUGGGAUUGGAUGAUCAUUGCGGGUCCUACUUCUUCCAGGGCUGCGCAACUCAGGACAGAAUCAUGCAAGCUCCAAAACUGACUCAUCUCUAAGAUAAAUCGCAUCUGCAUGCAUA